AUGCUGGGGAGGGUCCUUCUGACCUCCCAGCAGCACCAGAACCUCAUACUCCACCCAGACCUACCAAGCGUCAGCGAACUCGCUCGUUUUCUGCUAGAGACAAUAUGCAUCAUUACGAAGCACGCCUACCCUGAUGUCGCCCAUAUUUAUCCUUACUCUAUGGGUGGUGUCGCUCACGAGAGCCCAAAUUCAACUUUCUGGAUCCUCCUUCGGUCUUACUGGUCCAACGAACGAGUUGAAAACUGGCGGGCAGCCGUAUUCCCACGGGGUACUGAAACUCUUUGUAACCUUCUCUGCCUGAGUCCAAAUAUGCACCGCUGGCACUCGAAAGGGCUAUUUGGUCUGCAACCCGUAGAGAUAUCCGAGGAUAAGAGUCGUUUGACUCUGAAAUUCUACUGGCUCCCACAACAUCAAUUCUCUCGCAACGUUGACCUCUCAGCUCGCCCAAAUAUCCCUUGUGAUCUUAACGGGCUGGAAAUGGACUUCAAGGCUUGGAAUGCAAUCACUGAGCGGAAAAUUAGAUCUGGUGAUGAAAUAAUCCUAACGACCAGUGACCCACAAAACUUGCCACUCCCUGACUGGGACUUAUUGGAACUACAAUGGACGCUACAGCGACUAGCUUCCUUGAGCGGUGCUGCAGACAUAAACCCUCAGGAAUAUUCUGAUGAUGAUAGCGAUGGUGUUGAGUGGGAAGAGGAUUUCAGCUUCGAGGCAGAACAAGAUGACCCCUUUACUUAUUCUAGAGUGAGAUCACCAGAUGGAGAUGUCGAGCCCUUCUCUCUAGUAUCCGAAAAGCAGAUGCCGGAUGUUAUUUCAGCUGAAGCGGCGUUUGCAACGUAA